AUGCCUCUCGGGCUUGACGGGUUCGGCAACCUCAAAGCCAUAAUGAAGCUACGGCGUUCCAUAGCGUACCUACGUCAAGUACAACUUCAAGUUUCGUCGGCACAUCCCAGGAAACUACGUCUGCAGCAGGAACGCAUCUUCUCUCUCGUCGCCAGCUUUGGGUCACUGCUCUUCUCAUCCAUGUUCAUCAGCGCCUGUACGCAAUUCGUUGCUGUGUGCUUGUUGUUGUGGUAUUACAUGUCGUGCAGUAGCGGCGUUUCAGAAUUUCAUCCCUUGUUCAACUUUCAAGCUGAACUGUCUCAAAAAAUGGGUACUUUUCCGAGGCAAUGUUACGAACACCAUGGCCAAGUUGGCGCACAUGUGGAGCCCUGGCCCAUUCGUUUGAUUGUCUGA